AUGUCUACUUCUUCAGUUAAGAAGAUCAUUCCUGAGAAUGAAUUAGUUGAUCAAAAUGACAACUAUAAUUCCGAUGAAAAGACUGCUCCUGUCAAAAAGCAACCAUGGAGAGAAAUUCUCAUGUUGUCUUUUUCCUCCCUUGGUGCUAUCUAUGGUGAUUUGGGUACCUCCCCUUUGUAUACUCUUAACUCCAUCAAGUACAAACAAUUACCACCCAGCAGAGAUGAUAUUUAUGGGGCCGUAUCAGUUAUUUUCUAUGUCUUCACUAUCAUUGUCAUCAUCAAGUAUGUUUUUAUCGUCUUGGUUAUUGGUCCAAAUAACGGUGAAGGUGGUCAGGUUGCAAUUUACGCCAAGAUAGCUCGUCAUUUGAAUAUUGGUCCCAAGGGGGUGCAAAUUCCUGGUGGCGCUAAUGAGGACUCUGAUUUACAAUUACUUUCAAGACAAGAUACUACUGCUUCUUCAGUAGUCACUACUGUUUCAAGAAUUGAACGGAUUAAACAACAUCCAACUAUGAUUUCCCUUGUCCAGAUUUUCAUUCUUGGUGCUUGCUUUGUUGGUUGUGCCUUGGUGGUUAGUGACGGACUAUUGACACCAACUGCUUCUAUUCUUAGUGCUGUGGGUGGUAUUCAAGUGGCUCAACCUUCAUUCACAAACGUUCUUGCUGUUUCUGAAGUGAUUUUGAUUGUCUUAUUUGCAAUCCAGCAAUUUGGGUCUAACAAGAUUUCCUUCACAUUUGCUCCAAUUAUUUUCAUCUGGAUGAUUGGAUUGAUAAUUUGUGGUAUUUAUAACAUUGCCAAGUAUCAUCCUGCAAUUUUCUCAGCUUUGUCUCCAUAUUAUGCUAUUAAAAUCUUGAGAGAGGGUGGUAUUGAUGUAUUUGGGGGUGCCAUGUUGGCCAUCACUGGUACUGAGGCUAUGUUUGCAGAUAUUGGUCAUUUUGGAAGGCUUCCUAUUCAAUUAACAUUAGGUGGGUUUGUUUACCCUGCCUUAAUUCUUUGUUAUUUGGGACAAGCUGCCUAUCUUGUUGGUCAUCCUGAAGCUUAUGUUAAUCCUUUCUUUUUGUCAAUUCCUGGUGGAACUGGUGGUGGUGUUUAUUGGGUUAUGUUUGUUCUUGCUACUUUAGCCACUAUUAUUGCUUCACAAGCAUUGAUCUUGUCUGUUUUCAGUAUCAUUUCCCAAUUAAUCAACUUGGACUGUUUUCCUAAAUUGAAAAUUACCCAUGUUUCUUCGGACUAUGCUGGAAAGGUAUAUAUUGGUGUGAUUAACUGGAUGUUGAUGAUUGGGGUUAUGUUGACCAUGGCUGGGUUCCAAAACAGUAACAACACCACUGCAGCUUAUGGAUUAGGUAUCACUUUGGAUUUGUUUGUUACAUCUACUUUGAUCAUGAUCUGUAUGUUUUACGUGUACAAUUGGAACAUCAUUUGGCCAAUCUUAUACUGCUUGAUAUUUGUUCCUUUGGAAAUGUGUUUGAUUAUUGCCAACAUGAAGAAAGUGCCCCACGGUGCCUGGUUCCCAAUCAUGGUUGCUGGAUUGUUGACUCUGUUUUUGAUAGUGUGGAGAUGGUGCCGUUCGAGAAAGGUUGAGCAGGAGUACAGUUCAAAGAUAAGGAUCGGGGAUUUGUAUCCUUAUUUCAAUGGUCCUAAAGUGACUACUCUUGAUCUUAACAACAAGAAUGUCAGUCAUGAAGACAUUAAACAGGUUGGGAAAACUGAUGUCAAUACCCGAUUCGGUAACUUAACCUUGGUCAAACAUGAAGGAUUGGGGAUCAUGUAUGUUGAUUCCCUCUUGACCAAUUCUCCAAACACGUUACCUCAACUAUACGCUAAAUUGGUGUCAACAUUUGUUUCUAUUCCUUCCAACUUUGUCUUUUGUGGGAUUCGAGUAUUGAGUAUUCCUUAUGUCCCUGAAGAAGAACGAGUAUUGAUGGCACCCAUGAAACUACCAGGGCAUUACAAAUGUGUACUCAGAUUUGGAUACAUGGAAGACAUCAAAGUGGAUAAAAAGUUGGUGUCUCAUAUCAUGAACAACAUCCCAGCCAUAAGUGUAUUAAACGAAGAUCAAUUGACUAGUUAUCCAAUGAUGCAUAUUUUCGAAAAUGAUUUGAUUAGAUGUCAUGAAUAUCAACCUAGUAAGAAUGUGUUUACUAAAGUGGGUAGAUUUAUUCGAAUGCUUACCAUUAAUCACUUCUUCAGUCCUUUAAAUUCACUUACUCAAGAAUAUGGAAGAUUUUUGAAACUUGCUAAUGAAGAUGAAGAGCGGGAAAAGAAGAUAUUCAUAGGUGGAGUAGCUAGGAUAUAGGUUUAUAAAUUAUUAUAUUUAUUCAAUAAUCUUUAUAUUACUUUACAACUACUUUUUGUUUAUAUGCAUUAUUUAAUUUCAUGCCCAUUCAGGCUUGGUAUGAUAAUCAGAACCUUCGUUAUUCUCACUCUUGCCUCCUCUCCAAUGACCACCUCUGCCUCUACCGCCUCUUCCUCUACCACCUCUGAAUCCACCUCUCCAACCUCUACCACGGCCUCUUCCACGACCCCUUUGUAAAGAAGCUUCACCAAAAGUAUCAAGAUUCAAAGUCUUUUCCUCGGCCCAUCUCAUGCUGGAUCUUUCUUCAGUCAGGGAAGAGAUGUUGUCAAAGAAUGAAGACUUCUUGUUGUAUCCGGUAUGUUCCAAUUCGCGUUCUUGCUCCAAUUCUUUGGAGAAUUUAGCGUUGGCUGAUUCGAAAUCAAAUUCUUCAGUUGGGAUAUCGGGACCCUUGUGAUGGGGUUUACGAUGAACUGGCUUUGGCUUGGCGGAAGUUGGUUGUGGUGAAGAUCUUGGUUCUGGAUCAGCAGGAGAUUCUUCGGUGGUGGUUGGGGUUGCCCUUUCAGCAAUGGUUUUUGUAGGUUCUGGAGAUUGGUGUUGUGGAGCCCCAGUUUCAACUGGUUGGUGUGGGACAGAAGCUGGAACAGCAGCAGGAGACUCAGCGACUUCUUCAGUUGCAGUGGUUGUAGCUGGGGCAGCUUCUACACCUGAUGGAGCAGGAGCGCUAGCCGGAGCAGCGGUUUGGGGCAUUUGUUGUGGAGCAUAGUAUCCCGAAGUACCAGAUGAUGCUGAAUAAGGCACUGGCUUGACUUGAUCAAUCGGAGUAUCCAACACCGAUAAAUCCUUAACGUCGGACCCUCUGAAUACAACAUACUCGUAAAUGUCGUUUCCUGGUGGAACUUCUAAGUUGGGAGUACCAUUGGCAGCCAUACGACCUUCAGUUCCUAAUAAUCUGACUGAGUUAAGGGCAACGGUGGCCUCUUCGGCAUUAAUGUUGUCCAAAAGCCCAACAUAACGAAGUCCCUUGUUGGAAAUCAAAGAAAUUGUCUUUCCAAUGUAUUGAGACAUGGCCUGUUUUGAUUCCUUGGUAUUGGAUGAGAACACGGAAUCGGGUGGCUAAUUAGAUGUUUUUUUGUCCACAGUUGCUUAACGGUGAAGGUAAAUUUGACCUGGUUUUUGUCAUCAAGGCACGACCUGAAACAGAGUAGUCAAAAUCAUACAAUUUACUUCCAGCUGGUUUAUAAAAGUUAGGUUAAGGUGGAAAUAUGUCAUUAAGUGUCACAGGAAUGUGUUGGCAUUGAUUUAUUUAAGUUAACGUAAUUUUCGUGAAAAUUAGUAUUGAAAAAUUACAUAUGACACACAUUUUGCAGUAAUUCUGGUGAAUUUUCAUGAAAAAUAGUGACUACACCUAUGUUACAUAUCAUUCAGCUUUGUGUAUAGCCUAAUCCAAACCAUGUAACAGAAUUCAUCUCAACCACUUACAAUAACUAAUUAGAAAAUCCAAUGUUAUCCAUGUAUAGCAUGUUGGUGAGGUGAGAGAGAAUUCCUUUUCCUUCAACCAGAGCAUAUUUUCAAAAUCAAUGUAAAGAAAAAAAAAUUAGUCACUCAUUUGAUAUCCUCACACUUCGACACUUCACAACCCAGCAACCAGGCACAAUGAGUGACGAUCCAUUGAAAGAUUUUACCACGAUUCCACUGGAUGGAGUUGAUCAUGAUGAACAUGAACACAACAAUGACGAUCAACAACAGGAAGAGUCCGUACAUCAACAGGAACAACAAGAACCAGCACAACAACAACAAGAUGACGAAUACGACGACGAAGAUGACGAUAAUGUGUAUAGUUCCAUUAGAGCCCACAAGUUAGCCUCUGAUGAAACCAAAGCUGUAACCAAGAAGAAGAUUGUCAGAAAAGCGCAAAAGUCAGACACACCUGACAACAGUGCAUUGCCUAAUCAACCAAGGGCGGAACCACAAGCAAGAAACGACGACUAUCAAGAUGAUUCCAAAAUAUAUUCCGAUCCACAAAUGAGAAAGCGAAUGUUAUUGGAAGAGAAAAUGGACGCGGCCAUAAAGUCCAAAUCCACCAGAAGAAGAAAAGCCGAUGAAGACGAUAUAGAAAGAAUGCAAGAUGACAAGAUUGAUUUCUUGAAGGAUCAAAUGAUCAAGGCUGCCAAUUUGGACGUAGAAAAGAACUCCCAGGGGCAAAUUGCUACGGAAAAGUUGAAAUUUUUGCGAGAAGUGGUCGAUAUCUUGUCCAGAGCCGAUUUGGCCAUUUCCAUCUUGGAUAAUAACUUGUUGGAAGCAGUUAGAUUAUGGCUUGAGCCAUUGCCUGAUGCAUCAAUGCCAGCAUAUCAAAUACAAAAGGAAUUAAUCCAUGCCUUGGAAACUUUGCCUAUUAAAACUGACCAUUUGGUUGCCUCAGGUAUAGGUAAAGUGUUGGUGUUUUACCAACGUUCCAAAAGAACCGAGCCUUCAUUAAAGAAGAUUGUUGACAGGUUAAUUGGUGACUGGACCAGACCAAUUUUAAACAAGUCCGAUUCUUAUAAGGAUCGUACCAUUCAAUUCCAUGAAUAUAACAAGAGUAAAUUCUCCAACCAAUUGGCAAGUUCGAGAUCCAGCAAACCUAAAGAGGCUAGAACCUUGUACGAAGAGAAUGCUGAAAGAAGAAAGAGAGCUGCCAUUCCAAGUGCUAGAACUGCUGCUUAUAAGGUUGCUCCCAGAGUUGAUGCCAGUUUGUUAAGAAGACAACAAGCUAGAAAUGCUCAUAAUGACGAAAGAUUCAGAAGAAUCAACCAAAAGUUGACUCUGAUGUCUGUCAAGAAGAAGGCAACCAAGAAGGGUGGACCAUCCAUCGAAGGUAGAGAUUUAGGUAUGUAGUACAAUCAACAACAUGUAACACUACAAAGGAAUAAAUUUCUUAAUACACGUAAAUUUAAAAAAUUAUACAACCAUAAAUGACCUAAAUAAAAAAAGGAACUCAAGAUUUGAACUAGAGAUUCUUUCAAAGAAAAUCCAAUUCGAUCCACAAAAUGCAAACAAGCUGUUUAUUUAAUUAAAGUGGUAGUAUUAGUAUAUCUUCAAAAAUCAUUUCCAAUUCAAAACUAUGGAUUCCCCCUCUCUUAUAAAUUAUUUAUUCUAUGCCUUUCUUCUUUGGAAAUGAAAAUAUCACACAAAAUAAUAUAAGUAAUCUAUGAUCUUGGCUUUUCCUUCUUUUCCUUCCAUAAAGCUAACAAGGAGACACCAGAGACCUUGACAACCUUGAAUCUAACCCCUGGAAUAUCACCCUUAGCCUUACCUCUUCUACCGAAACCGGCCAAUAAGACUUCGUCGUUUUCGUCAACAAAGUUUAAACAACCAUCAUUUGGAACGAAAGCAGUAACCUUCUUACCGUUCUUGAUUAAUUGAACUCUGACACACUUUCUAAUAGCGGAGUUUGGUUGCUUGGAUUCAAUACCAAUCUUUUCCAACACAAUACCCUUGGCGUGGGAAGAACCACCAAAUGGAGAGGACUUGAAAGCAGUUCCUAAUAAUCUAGCCUUAUAGGAUUGAUCAGCCCAUCUGUUGUUACGACGGUGAACUCUUAAUUUUCUAGCAGAGUUAAGACCUCUUGGUUUACCUUUACCCAUAUUGAAUUAGUUGUCUAUGUUAAGAAAG